CCACAUUCGGAGCUGAUUCAUCCAGUCAAAGGAAGUUGUAAAAACAGACUGGAUCCCGCCCCUCAAAUCAUCUCGUCGCAUUUUCCCUCGUCCUCUCCUUCUUCACGGCCAAUCAAUCCUCCUGUUCUCGUCCACUCAACGAGCAAUCAGAAUCGUCCAAGGCCUCUCGAAACAUUUGAUUUGAUUGACCUGUGUCGCUACCUUUAUUCUCUGGCCAUUCACAAUUCACAAGCACUUAUUCCCUUGAUUGGAUCAUACACGCGCGCAAGACCAGCAAUCGCUCCCGCCCGCGAACCACAGACAGCCCAGUAAACGCUCUGUGCUCGCAAGCCCAGUCAAGUUCUGCUAUUCGCUCAGCGCCCGCCAUAUCACCCCAAAGGGCAACACAUAGCACGGCAGACUAUUGCUACCGGCUUCAGCCCUAUCAGCUAAGACCGACUAAUAACUGAACUGUUCUGUCAUCCAGGACUGCACUUCAGUGUUAUCACUACGGACAGCUGCUUCUAUUGCUCAUUCGGCAAUAAAAAGCCCAGCUUGUCACUUUCCAGCCCCCAAGCAGUUUUUCAGCUCAGGGACCAGGGCUCAAUACUCUUCCUCAAAAGCCUCAUCAUUGUGCGAUAACCACCUACGACUUUACCAACUUUUACCUCUUUAUCCAGGUAUCAAGACAUUGAUUCUCCCGAAAUCAUUGCCCCCUUUGAUUUCCUCAUCCCAGCCUCGUUCUCAGAAACGCACUCCCCUUGGGCGAUCCUUGACGAAGCUAGCGCUGUGAUCUCACCUGAAGACCCCCAUACACGCGAUUAUCAUCUAGGCAGUAUUGUCCAAGACGCGUCCGACUUGCAUCGGAGACAGUCAACAACCCUGAUCCUCUGACAAGAAUUUUCCUGCCGAACUCGGAUAGUCUUGUCUUUGCACUGCCUUGUCUCCCCUUUAAUCCCUGUUUCGUCUGUCAAUUCACUUCCAAGCGCAAGACCAUACUUGCCGCGCGACAAGACGAGCCUUCACUCGCCCGAGACAACCCACCCACUCUAAUUCAAAUUUAACCCACCUCGGUCCAUCAGCAAAUCAGCACCCUUUCGCACUUCGCUUCGCCUUUUCAUCUUCACGACUUCGAAGCCUAUCAUCGUCAACAGCAUCAUAGUGACCAUUUCCAUUGGUCGCAUUACCUGUCACCUGACAACUCUUGUCUGCGGAUCUUGAUUUUACCCCGGAUUUGACUCUUGUCAUCUGGCUUCGGAAACGAGGUUGUACGAGUAAGCCUUGAGCGCGCUCAGUAUUCCGUCAAACCGUGCACACACGCUCGCGUGUGCAUCAUAUCCGUAACAAAAGCUUGUCACCGCACCGGCACCUUAUCUGAUUGGGACAACCCUUAACGUAUGUAUCACGUGUUUCUUUUAUUUUAUAAUGCCCUGAUCACAAUUUCUGUCGUUACACUCUGGAGCUUGGUUCACCAGUGCCAACAACAGCCCACCAUUAUGAUGGGCUUUUUUGCUGCGCUACCAGCUUCGCUUAUACCAAAGCGAGAUGUGCCACUUUGGCGAAACUCUCCCAUUCACUCCACCGCAUAAUCACUGUCCCAUCUAUAAAUCGAAGUAGUCCAGUGUCUACUUGGUCACACAAAUGAUGAAGUUGAAAAUUAUGGAUGCCCCUGCCUGUAUCAAUACCCUUGACUUCACAAGCCUUGAUAUGCACGCCCGUCCACUCGAGUAUAUCAUUCCUAUGACCGGCCAAUACCCCGCUUCAGGACCCUGUUGCGAGGCGCAGGGCCGCAGCUACCAGAAUUUCGGGAGUGACUAGAUCAUGGCCAACAAGAUUGAAGCCUAUGCCUUUGGAAGUUCAAAUGGCGUUUCUUGACAAGGCAGCCUGGAAGUCCUUUUCAUGUUGUCAUGCGGCACGACGAACGGGCGUCAGUCUUGUUGAAGUAUCUUGCCCUCAAGACUGCCAGUGACAUCAGUGGCCACGCAAAACGCCAGAACAAAGAGCCGCAUACUCUACCCCCAGGAUUCAAGUCUGCCCAACGAAGGAAGUCUCCUGCUUUGAGGCCUCGAGCAUCAAUCAUCUUACAGUACUUACUGCUCUGGGCCAAAAGCUAGUGGGUUGGCCGAUUGGGAGAUGUGGGCCCGUCCAUUGCAUAUUCCGUCAUGCAUGAGACGCUGAGCUGCCAACGCAUCAAGAGUGGCUUUACAAAGCCCAUCAGCACCCUUUACCCUUCCCGCCCCCGUUUUUCUACCGUCUCCUUUAUCCUAGUUUAGCAUAUAUACACCUCAGCUAACGCCUAUGGUUGGACAGAUCUCUUACAACCAGCAACUGACCAGACAGCACCGUCUCUGCCACCGCUGCCUGUCUAUUCCUUUACUUCCGCUUUUGGAUUCGACGAUAUUCAUUCGUGUGGCUGUGUAAAUAGUUUCAUCAGCCACUCUAGGCAACAUUGAGCCACAGCAGCACCAGCUCGUUUCGGCUUGCCAGCUCACCCACGCGUACCCAAUUGCCUUAGUGCGCCUCAUUCCAGAGUCUCUUCGUAUUAGAGAGGGUUUCCAGCACUCGAGCCCGACUGCUGCCAAACGAACAUCGGUUUCCAUCAUUGUAUAGUCGACGAUUAGUUCUUACGAUCGCGUCUAUUCGCUCUCUGUUCCCUUGCAAAGCUCUUGUUGCAACGCCACUCGAUAACGCGUCAAGUACUGAGCAAUUCUUUAUUGAUCUUACACGCGGUCAACGAAUAGUAACGCGACGAGGACGUAUUUCCUCGACACUUAGUGAUCAGACUGGAUUCUUAGUGGAGAAUGGACUACAGUCAAUACCAACAAGGCCAAAAUACACAUCCCGGUUACGCGAACUCUACUACUGCUAAUAACAUCGCUUCACCAACGAAUACCAUUCCCCAGCACACGGUACAAUCCUCACCUGUCAUCGCUUCUCAACAGCAGCAAACUCAACCACAAGGACACAACAUGUACGGACCACAAUACGGAGUGGCACAACAGGGCAUGCACUAUGCGAUGCCUGGUAUACAGGCGGCUGCGAUGGCAGCAACCGCCGCUGCUUCUGGCACCAACUACGGUUAUAUGCCUUCAGAUCCUAAUAUUCCGCAAAGUUCGCCUCGCAUGGGUGCCAAUGCCAAAAAGGACGGACGGCAAUCCCCUCGAAUGAACAGCAUGUCCCAAAUGCCCGGCCGUCGAAUGAGCCAGGUUACGAGUCCUGGCGUUCCGACGGCGCCCAUGAUGAGCCAUGCCGGUGCUCGACCAGGCGUUGCCCCAUCUCAGAUGCCCGCUCCCCAGAUGCAACACCCGCAAUCCCCGGAAAUGCCGGCCGCGAGUGGUGCGGAGGAGUCGCCGCUUUACGUGAACGCUAAGCAAUUUCAUCGCAUACUCAAGCGUCGUGUUGCUCGACAGAAACUUGAGGAACAGCUUCGACUGACGUCAAAAGGACGUAAACCAUAUCUUCACGAGUCACGCCAUAAUCAUGCUAUGCGCAGACCUCGCGGUCCUGGUGGACGUUUCCUCACUGCCGAGGAGGUGGCAGCAAUGGACCGCGAAGGUGAAAAGAGUGUCGAUGGCAAAGAUAAUUCUGCUGGGGAAAGCUCUGGCACUACGGGAACAAAGCGCAAGUCUGAAGCCGGCUCGGCCACCUCAAACAAGAAAGCUAAGACGGACACAGCCAGCCCAGGGGAUGAAGAUGAAGAUGAGGGUUGAUAUUGCAAAUAAAUAUCUAUAUCACCUUCUUUCUACUUUUUCAGCCUACCAGCGGUUUACGACGUCACGAAAGCACGAUUGUUUCUUCUUUUCAUCGCCACGCUGCCUGCAAGGGCCUGAAUGGCUCUAAGCAGAGCGAGCAUUUCUUUUUGAUCGGAUGAGGUGUCUAUAGUUAUUGGCGGGUUGAUGAUCUUGGCACCUUCGUUUACGUGUUACGGCGGCUUAUACCGCUCAAUCACAAUCCGGCACGGCGUCUUUUCUUGACGGGUUUCAUUUUAAUACAGCACUUCACUGGCAACAGCACAUCAUCCCGAUUUUGGACGGGUGUGACCUUGGGGAUAACGAAUGGACAGAAUGGAUGGACGAUUCGUUACGAUGGAUACCCCGUUUCAUUAUAUUGUUCGAUCUUUUCUCCUGCGUCUGCUGUCUCACUUCCUAGCGUCCUGCUGCAUACGCCAACAUUGAACUGGUCCUUGGCAUACGUCGGUCUGGCUACCGAACGAUAAGCCAUACUGCCACUGCGCUCACGGUUCAGAACUGAUCAUCUCAUACAAGUGAGAGUAGACGACGAAUGGGAAAAUCGGAUUCGAAAAAGAAAAAAGAAAGAGAACGUAAAGGGAACUGAGAUGGACAAGAUACUGUGUUACUUACUCACUUAUCAAGUGGCUUAGUCAACUCCUCACUAUUGAAUGAGGUCCUCAAAGGGGUGUAUAGGUUUAGAGUCAUCGAUGAUGGUCCGGCGUUGGAUCUGAAGUAUAGGAGAACUGUGUUUAAGGAUUAAAGCUUGUAAAUGUUUGUUUUGAAUUUGAUGCCUCAUGUGCCAAAGUUGCUGUCAUGAUAAUGUUCUCUGCCAAUAUUUUUGACCAUCAUUCAUAGUUUCACAAUGCUGCCUACGUCACUGGAGAAGCUGGCAUGAACGCGUAUCAGUUCUCAGAGCAUGAGACUUAAACAAUUGGGCUUGUUUAGCAGAAAAGCAUACACUCGAAACUCAGUAUCGAAAAUGGAACGGGGUUAAUCUGGUACCCUCAGUAUAGAUACAUGAUAGUAGAUGCCCAAAUCUCUUGCCCA